CGUGGGAGCGGAAGAGGCGCCGACCAGGAAACGGGAGGAGGCGGUUCUCUCGGAGGGACCGCGACUUCCUUAGCCUGGCCCGCCUGGGGAGCCGCCCAAAGGCGUAAAGUGUCAGCCCGCAAGUUGUAGGCCAUGGCGCUGGCCGCUCGACUACGGCGCUUCCUCCCUUUGAGACGUGGAGCCGCCCCGGGGUUUUGGCUCCCGACGGGGACUUCCGGCAGCCGCGGCCCCCGCGGCCCCGGGCGCUUCCGCGUCUCUGAGGUACUGGGAAACCCAGGAACUUUCAAAAGAGGCCUUUUAGUCUCAGCCUUGUCUUAUUUGGGUUUUGAAACUUAUCAAGUCAUUUCUCAGGGUGCUGUGGUUAAUGCUACAGCCAAAGUUGAAGAAAUCCUUGAACAAGCAGACUACCUAUAUGAAAGUGGAGAAACAGAAAAACUUUAUCAGUUGCUAACCCAAUACAAGGAAAGUGAAGAUGCAGAGUUACUGUGGCGUUUGGCACGGGCAUCACGUGAUGUAGCUCAGCUUAGCAGAACCUCAGAAGAAGAGAAAAAGCAAUUGGUGUAUGAAGCCCUAGAAUAUGCAAAAAGAGCACUAGAAAAAAAUGAGUCAAAUUUUGCAGCUCAUAAGUGGUAUGCAAUCUGCAUUAGUGAUGUUGGAGAUUACGAAGGCAUCAAGGUUAAAAUUGCAAAUGCGUACAUUAUCAAGAAACAUUUUGAGAAAGCAAUUGAACUGAACCCUAAAGAUGCCACCUCAAUUCACCUUAUGGGUAUUUGGUGCUACACAUUUGCUGAAAUGCCUUGGUAUCAAAGAAGAAUCGCCAAAGUGCUGUUUGCAACUCCUCCUAGUUCCACCUAUGAGGAGGCCUUAGGCUACUUUCACAGGGCAGAACAAGUGGAUCCAAACUUCUACAGCAAAAACUUGCUUCUUUUAGGAAAAACAUACUUGAAACUACACAACAAAAAGCUUGCUGCUUUCUGGCUAUUGAAAGCCAAGGACUAUCCAGCACACACAGAGGAGGAUAAACAGGUACACACAGAAGCUGCUCAGUUGCUUACAGGUUUCAGUGACAAGCAUUGAGAACUUUUGAGAGAAGAAAAUACAUGAAAUGUGAUAAACAUUGCCUUUUCAUUGAAUUAUAAAGAUAAUACAUUAACCAUAACUGUUCUUUGGCUGUGUUUUCAGCUUUUAACGUUGUGACCAUUUAACAGAUUAAAUGUACAAAAUUCUAGGUUUCUUCAUAAAUAACAAGAUAAAAGAAAUAAUUGUCAUAUUGCCAUAAGAGUGGUAGAAAUAAAUCUCCAUGGCUCAGGCAGAGAGAUUAUUUUGCAUCUGGGGCACCAGCAAUACAAAAUGGUAUGAGAUUUCUAAGGAUUGAUCACAUCAGGAGGAGAGGAGACCAAGAAAACUUUGUGGAAGAAGGGGCAUAGAGGGGAAGUGGCAUUUCAAGUUGGAUUGAUUCAAAGUUCAGAUCUUGCAGAGAAAGUUCAGGGAAAGUUAGGUGGUUAGGAUGUUGAGGGUUCUUGGUAUAAAGUAUUUAAAUGAUGUAUAUUGGUGGCAACCUGCAUAAGGAGAGAACUCAAGUCAGGAGAAGACUGAAAAUGGAGUGGUUUCCUUUUUAAAAUGUGGUGUGGUCACACAGUGGUUUGAAUUUAUCACUAGACAAAGUCCAGGGAACACAAAACUUAACAGUGAAAGGGAAAUUAAGAUGUUUUAAAUAGGCAGAACAGUGCUACUUACUUGAGGCUGAAGUGCCACGACUGCAAAUCUUAAGCUUUGUAAAAAGGAGUAUCUUGAAUGCCAUUUAAAUAAAUCUGAGACUGUA